AUGUUUGGCUCAGUCAUCACAGUGGACUAUAGUAGCAAGUCAAUGCUUGGACCCCCCGGAAGCUUCAAAACCUGUCACCCUGUCUUGGUCGACGAGCUCUUUCCUACCCCCGCUUUCCCUAUUCAGACCAUCAUCUUCCUACACGGAGGAGAUAUUGUCGCUAAACAGUGCACAACAAGUGCUUCAAUAUCGGCUUCACCCUCGGGCAGGAAGCGGCUGGCUAUCAAAGAUGAGUUAGCAAAAAUGCUCGUUGAAGCCAACUGCAUGUAUUGGGGGUGUAGUUUGAUGAAAAUAGUUUAUCAAUUCAUCAGCAAUUCUAACUGCAAAGAAGGUCUCACUGAGCUCCCACCUCCCACAGUACCUCGCUUGUGUAUGGUCUAUUCUACCAUUGCCGUGCCAGUUGUGCCAAGUCUAAAAAGUGCAGUGUACCUGCUGGAGGAGCGAAUUGAGGGUGACUUUGUGAAGUAUAUUAACAACAAUAGCGCCUCACCUCGACCUGGCUUGAAUAACAAGCAGAAGUUGAUCGCCGAGUUUCUUUGUUUCACGCAACGUGUCCAGUACCAUCUCUCACAUGGUUUGGCUUUCUUGUCUGAUUUUCAAGGUAGUUCUUUUUCUCAUAUGUCCUAA